AUGGGGGAGAAUCGCAGCGUAGCGGUUCAGACCGUGGCGGCGGUGUUUCUGGCUUUGGCGUCCGUUACGACGAUUCUGCGGUGCUAUGUUCGGUUGGCGAUUGUCAAGGGCUUUGGGUGGGAUGAUGGUAUUAUGGUUAUGUCCAUGUUCUUUUUCGCCAUGUUCUGUGGAUGUAUGAUCGGCGGCAGUAUCUAUGGUACUGGAAAGCACUUGACAGACCUUAGUGACGCGCAAAGAACUACAGCAAUGGAGUAUUGGUUCCUUUGCGACAUUGGCUACUGUAUAUCCUCUAUCCUGUGCAAAAUCUCUGUCAGCAUCUUCAUACUGCGCAUUACAAUUGACCGCAUGCAUCGCCUGGUCAUUGCCCUCAUGGCAACUUUCGUGAUCAUCACCGGAAUCAUCUUUUUCGUUCUUCUCCUCGUCCAAUGCCACCCCCUUUCCUACUUCUGGAUGAGGCUUUCCACUGCUGCCUCGGGAUCCGGCACUUGCAUCAGUAUCGACAUUGUCAUUGGUUCUCUAUACGCUUUUAGUGCUGCGUCUGCCCUGUUUGACUUGACUAUUGGUGUUCUUCCCAUCCUGCUGGUCAGGAAGUUGAAAAUGCGCACCGAUGUCAAAAUGGCUGUGGCUGGACUGCUGGGCAUGGCAUGCAUUGCCUCAAUUGCGGUCAUCGUUCGCAUUCCCUACAUCCACACCCUCCACAACCCCGACUUUCUCUACGCAACAACCGGUAUAGCCAUCUGGUCCAACAUCGAAACUGGCCUUGGAAUAUUCGCUGGCAGCAUGGCAACCCUUCGACCUCUCCUCCGCAAAUUCCGGGCCCCAACAAACCCCAGUUCACGCACUCGCACUUCGCCUCCUUCGCGUAGACAUCGUUCGGUCCCUUUACAUUCGAUCGAAACAUCACACGGACAGCAUCAGCAUCUUGAUCCUAUCGACGACAAAAGGUAUGGUUCUUCUUUUGCGAGCGUCGAAAUGGGACUGGAGAACGAGUCGGGAGCGGAUCAGCAGCCUAUUCUUUCGAAAAAUACUUAUGCGGCCUGUAUCAAUGUUAGGCGGGAGGUUCAUGUCACGAGUACGAGAUAG